ACGCGAGGUCGCUCUCUUUGGGACACGGCCGGCCCGGACCGCUAUAUAUAGCGGGGCCGGCCCUGCUGUCGGCACAGUUCACGGCAGCUACCGGCACCCACGAGCUCCCAUCUGCCAUGAAGGUCCUGGUGGUCCUGAGCGCCCUCGUGGCGGCGUCGCUGGCGAAGCCCGGCUACCUGUCGUCGCCCGGCCUGCUGGCGCGCGCCCUGGGCGCCCCUGCGCCGGCGCUCCUGGCCGCCGCCCCCGCACCUGCCCCGGCCGUCAUCCGCACAGUGCCUGCCGCCAACAUCAUCAUCGGCCCGGAGGGAGUCCCGCUCGACACUCCCGAGGUCGCCGCCGCCAAGGCCUCGCACGCCGCCGCCGUCGCGGAGACCUCCGCCCGCGACGCCGCCGCCAACGCCGCCGCCGCCGCAGCCGCCCCCGCCCCUGCACGCGCCGCCCCAGCCGCUCCCGCCGCCCCCGCCGCUCCUGCCGCACCUGUGCAACCCGCCAACAUCGUGAUCGGACCGGAGGGCGUCCCCUUGGACACCCCCGAGGUGGCCGCCGCCAAGGCCUCCCACGCUGCCGCCGUGGCUGAGACCAACGCCCGCGACGCGAUCGCGAACUCCGCGCCCGCCCCUGCCGUCAUCGCCGCCCCCGCCAUCGCCGCUGCACCGGCACUGUUCGCUGCCAGAACCUUCGCCGCCCCCGCCAUCGCUGCUGCUCCAGCCAUUGCAGCCGGCGCCACUAUCAUCGACGCCAGGACCCCGGCGGCCACGGCCCUAGCCGCCCCCGCCAUCACAGCCCACGCUAUCGCAGCCCCCGGCAUCGUGGGCCCUGCCAUUGUUGCUGCUCGCGGCGUGAUCGCCCCUGCUGCCAACAUCGUGAUUGGUCCGGACGGUGUGCCCCUGGACACCCCUGAGGUGGCUGCCGCCAGGGCUGCCGACACCAUCGCUCACCUGCAGGCUAAGGCGCGUCUCGGUCUCCUGGGAUAAGAUGUAACCUAAGGGACGUUUCCAGACUGAUAAUACUUUUUUUGACUUAACCCUCCGUUGUAUAUUUUUUGUACAAAUUGUAGGAAAAUAAAUGUUAUUUUUGCAAAUAA